AUGGACAUCAACCAUAUUGUUUCCCUUAUUGAAACUUUCAACAACAGUCAUGAUUCGAAGGUAAUAAAUGACAUUCAAAACGUAUUGCAACAACACCAAAAAUCUGAGCUAGGGAUUGAUCUUGCCAAUGCAUUACUAUCUCAGGAAAAUGGCUCGACAAAUGUGAAGUACUUUGGUGCCCUUACGUAUACCGUCCAGUUAACGACAUGUUUGCAUACCGAAAGCCAGCUAUGGUCUAUCUUCCAAGGUAAUUUAGUUCAUCUUACAAGAAUGAUGUUUUUGUUUACUUCCAAUCCAGCCGCCGCCUCCAAUUUAUUGGUGACAAUCACCAAGUUGAUGUCAAACCUAUCUUUAAUUUUUUUGACAAUUAAUAGCGAUGCCAUCGGAGCUGAUUCAAAUAAGAUUCCUGCAUGGCGCAAUCCUGUAAAUACAUGCAUCAAGCUAUUGCAACAUUGCAACGAAUCAAACCUGUUUGAAUGGAGGACAGACAAUUCCGAAAUAGCUGAAAGAUUGGUUCGUACAUGCUUGAAUGAAGAUGUUCCAUACACGGAGCUAAUUGGGAACAUCAGCUCUUCUGCUCCAUUAAACAAAUUAUUGUUAUUAUUCACAAAGGUUAUUGUUGAAGACAUGAACAAAUAUCAAUCGAAAAAAAGUUCCUUGUCCAACGUUUAUGAAAUGGUACACAACCAUUUAUAUAUUAGCACUAUGGCCAUUUUGAAUUUUAACUUGGAGAAUAUGAUGUCUUCUGGUGCAACUUCCGAAGUAUUUCCUUGCAUUACCUCUUGGAUUCAUUACAUAUCAAUGGCAAGAAAUGUCUCCGCUCAUGGAACUAUGGACUUGACUGAGAUGUUCAACAAUAUGAUAAAUGUCAUGUGCAUGGCAAGCAACGGAUCCCAGGAAUUCCCAUAUUCCGACGAGGUGAUCUCAAUUUUCGAUGAUUUGUUCUCAAAUGACCCUACGCUUAUGUCAUUCGAAGUUCGUGCUAAACUAGAAGCAAUUUUCCUUGGAGUUUCAAGGCAUUCAAUGAACACCUCGAACGACUGGAUGUUAGCAUAUAUGAACCAUUUAGUAACAAAUGAAUUAUAUGACGAUUUGAAGGUCUUGGCAUCCUGUGUUGUUGACUUCUUACAAAUUUCCAACCUCGACGUUUGUAACAAACUUUUUACCAAUAUUCAUGAGAACACGGGUGACCAAUCUUUGGAAGAUUACAUCAGGGUACUACUACAAUUAACCAACUUCCCUCUUAUUCCAAUCUUGCAGGAAACUUAUUCAUCUAAAAUGAUAGAAUUCUGGCUCGAUCUAGCAGAAGGGUAUGGUAAUCUUCCUCAAGAAGCCUUAAAGGCAGAUGCAAACGAAAUCGCUGAAAACAUGUUCAAUCAAGUGGUUCAAAUUUACCUACCGAAGAUCAGUCUAAUGAAUAAACAAAAGAUUAUGGAAGAAGAUGAUGAUCAAUCUUUGCUUCAUGAAUUUGAUGAUUUCAGAUCCGCAACACAGGAUCUCAUGGAGAUAUUAUGGACGAUCUUGGGUCAUAGUAAACUAACUAUCGUUCUCAUUAGAGGUGUUGGCCAAGCUGACACGAAUAAUGUUGACUUAUAUCAGGUAGAGGCAAUGUCAUUUUUGCUUGCCAAAUUAUUAGAUGGAGUGAAUUUCUCACAAUCUCCCUUCAUCAGUGAUGCUAUCGGUGAGAACCAUCUUAUAGACAAUUUAUUGUUCUUGUUGCAAACAGGAUGCAAACAGAAGGAACAUUCGAAAACUGCACAGGUUUUGAAGUUAGACUUCGUUAAAGCCACAUGCAAUUUACUUGGUGUAAUGGCCACAUAUUUCCACGUCGAUUCCAAGCCACUUGGACCAAUCGUAGAAUCUCUAUUCGAAUGUCUUGAAACAUCAAGGCAAUACAAUCCAAUUGAGUAUUCGAUUAAAAUGGAACUACAACUAAACAGGACGAUAUCGCUAAUUUGCGAGAAUUGUAGAAAAGAGUUAAUUCCUUUCUUGCCAAAUUUCAUACAAGUUUUACGUUCUAUUAUGAGGCCCGAAUCACCUGUAUCGCAUUUCACUAGGGAAAAAUUUGUGAAAUCGAUCGGUAACAUUAUACAGAUGUGCGUUUCGGAGGGUCCUGAAGCUCAAGCCAAUCAUAUUUCUAAUAUGGUGGAUAUGAUUGGAGGCCUAAUACAAACCACCGAUGCCAAAUCUGACAUGUUAUCGUUACUUGCUUGUCUCAGUGAGUUAGGAUCCGGCCUUUCUCAAUUACCUAACGACGACGAAUUUAUAGAAAACAAUCCAAUGUACCUAGCCCAACUACCCGCAUUCCAGGCUUAUUGGCUACAAGAUCCAAUGAGAGUAAAGGACAAAGUCAUGCAUCUUGUACAAUAUGCGUUAUCCAAAUAUGGUACUGAUCCAGAAUUCGUGGAAGUAUCUUGUUUAAUUAUCGGGAAAGCUAUAACUUUACCAGAUGAUAUACCGCACUUCUUACGCUAUCCAUUAUCUGAAAUGAUGUCGUUCUAUAUGACAUGUAUUUCGAACUGCGAUUAUGCAUCUGGUCUACCUUACAUCGAGUACCAGCUAGAGAAGAUUGUAGCUGGAUUCAAAGAUCAACUAACUUCACACGAAUUCGACGAAAUGUUCAAACAGUUUUUCCUCAACUAUUAUUCCAGCCAUAUCUCAUCGGACCCAGAUUUGAUCCAAUCAAUGGUAUCCUGGGUAAAUUCAGUGUUGGAAGCUAAGCCAUCUCUAGCACUAAAAUCAGAGUACUGGACUCAAUUCAUUGUGCCCGAAUUCUUGAAAUACUUGCAGGCAAAGGAAAAAUUCACCAUCAGUUCCACUACCAAGUUCUGGAUGAAGACUUUAAACAACAGAAGAUACACACAAGAGGAUACGGAAAUUAUUAAUGCAUUAUUCCAAUCAAUGGGUAAACAGCUUGUUUAUCAGACCAUGUUUUCACUACAUCAUGCACAAAGAUCAGAUGUCCCACAGUACGCAGAGUUGAUCAGAACUUUGUUUGCAAAGUACCCAAUGCCUAUGAAGGACUGGUUAUACGAAUUGUUACCACAAAUCACUGGUAAAGAGGCCAUUUUCCAUGAAAGAUUCAUCAACAAGCUAACUGUAACAAGAGCUUCAAGAGCAACAUUGAGCACUGUGACGGAAUGGUGGCUAGACUGCAAUGGACUACCAAACUUGCAAUAG